UGGUGUUAAUUUAUAUGGUUUUUACCCGUCUUCGGUGAUUCACACCACAGGUUUAUUUCCAAUUUUCAACCUUGAUUUGAAAUAUAUUUUUAUUGGUUUGAGAUGUUAAUUAUAUAUUAUACCAUUGUUGGAGUGAGUAUCGUGCUGUUAAUCUUUUGGAUUAGGAGUACGAAACGUAAAAGUAAAUACGAGUUUAAUUCGUCUGAUUCUUCCGAUAGUGAAGAUAUGCUAACUGAACAAAAUUCUUCUGAAAUAAUUCCAAAGUCAAAUAUUGAUCAAAUGUUAGUUACGGAUGCUGUUUAUCUUGAAAGGAGAAGACAAGGAACACAUUCAGUGGAUUUUGGUAUUCCAGAUAUUAGACAUAUUGAGGAAAAUCUUGAUGAUUGUGAGAAGACAUCACUAAUUUUUUUGUUGAGUGAGGACCCUGAGCAUUGCAUAAAUAAGGUAAAAUUAUCAGAAUGGGCAAGUGAACAAAUAUUGAUAUAUCCUGACUGGUCAGAAAAGCUCUUGGAAGCAUUGGCAAUCAUUAAGAAUUUUCAGUUACCAAAAAAAUUUGGGUUCUCUAAGGAGGAGCUCGUCGAAGAAUAUUUUCCUUUCAACAAAUUCUUCACAAAACAUAUUUCCAAGUUCAGAAAGGGAUUAUUUUUCAUUUGUGAAGAUUUCAAACUGGAGGAUGAAAAAUUAUUUAUUCAGGAGUUGAGGAAGGAGCUUAGGAUGAAAAAUAAAUAUUUGCCAGAGUUUUCCCAGAUGGAAAUGUAUUUUUCAUACCUACUCAAAAUUAAAUAUUUGUCUCCAAAAAAUACCCGCGAUUGUGCCAGAAUAGUGAAGAAGUUAGACCUCGAAAAAGCUUUUGACUUAUUCGAAACUAUUGAAGAUAAAACUGAGGAUGACAUAAUCCCGAAGAAAAUGAAAGCUGAUAGUAAAAAAUUGAUUUCACAAUCCAGUAAGAAUAUUUCCUCUGAUAAGGUACUUCAAGAUGAAGAGUACAUAUCAUUGGCUAACAGCGAUUCUACUCAAGACAAUGCCUCCAUCAACAGAAAAAGUGUCUUGCGAGAACCGUCUCCUCAUGGAAUUUAUAAAAUUGCUGGGAGCAAAAAAUGUUUUAUUAUCAAUCAGAUAAACUUCUAUACCGAAGUGGAAACAAAAUAUAAACAUCUUUUGCCACCAAACAUUGAAGACGAAAUGUUACAUAAAAGAUCUGGGUCUGAAGUGGAUUUACAUCGUCUAAAAUCUGUGUUUGAGAACAGAAAUUUCGAAGUCACACCCAAGGAGAAUCUCAGUCACUUGAAAAUGAUCUCAGAACUGCAGAAUAUGAUAGAAAGUAUCGACAAAAAGACAUGUUCUUGCCUUUUUGUGAUAAUUUUAUCUCACGGCGAUGAAGGUGUGGUAUAUUGUGCCAAUAGUUGUUAUGUAGAGAUUUCAACUAUUAUUGAAAUAAUGUCUCACAAAAAAUUGAUACACAUCCCGAAAGUUCUUAUUCUUCAAACAUGUCAAGGGCCUAUCUUACAAAAUGUUUACGAUGAAGAAUUAACUACAGAUGGUAAUUCUUCCAAUGGCGCAGAUCCCAAAUCGCCGAACUUUCUUGUGUUUUCAUCCACAGUGCCUGGAUUUGCUUCGAUCAGGCAUAAGAAAAAGGGUUCAUGGUUUAUUCAAGCUCUUUGCGACCAAAUUGAAAAAUAUGCAGACAAGAAGCAUUUUUUGGACAUCUGCACUCUUGUAACAGACACAGUUUCCACUUUGAAAUGGAAAAAGGAUGGUAAAUACUAUUCCAUGUUGUCAUACACAAAAACAACACUUAAAAAAGAAUUGUAUAUAUGAUAAUACUUCGACUACGACUACAUUGCAAUAUUUAUAUAUGUUCAGUACUUUGUAUGUAAUGUUUCUACUAAAAAUAUUUUUAAGGA